ACUCCCGAGUCCCCGGAGUCCCAAGUUUCCAAUAUGCCUGAAGAAAAAAGGAAAGUAGAUGAAAUGCGUUGAGAGCCCUUAGAUUUGAACGAGAGGAAGUGAGACAGGGUAAAAGCAGAAGAAAAAGGGCAGAGAGAGAGAGAGAGGCAGAAAGAGAAGUGAUGGCGAUUUCUGCAGAUUUGAGGGUUUCUGCGACGUUGGCUUCUUCUUAUCCUGCGCACCCCCUUCGACGUUCUUCUGCACCUACAAAGAAGGUAGCAUUCAGUGGUUUCCUUAGUGGAGGAUCAAGUAUUUCUGAAAUUACACCCAAGUGGCCCCCCAUUGCCCUUGAAUGCCAUAAUGUGCAGUGCUAUUGCCACCGUAGUUUUGGGAUCACAGCUGACAAUAAUCUCUCUUCAAAAACCUUGAACCAAGAAGUAGAGGGCUUCCUCCUAAAUGCAAUAAACAUGAGCUUCUUUGAACGGUUAAACUUGGCUUGGAAGAUACUCUUCCCCCCACUAAUUACGAGGAGGAGAUCUAAUGCGAAGAUUGCCAAGCAACGCCUGAAGAUGAUCCUCUUCUCUGAUAGAUGUGCUGUUAGUGAUGAGGCAAAGCAGAAGAUUGUGAAGAACAUUGUGAGCGUUUUGUCUGAUUUUGUGGAGAUAGAUUCACAGGAUAAAGUCCAGCUUAGUGUCUCAACAGAUCCAGAUCUUGGGACUGUGUACUCUGUCACGGUGCCAGUCCGACGGGUGAAAUCUCAAUAUCAGGAUGUAGAUGAGUUUGGAACAAUAACAGGCGUUGAGUACAAAGAUACUGGUGAAAGGUCUGGUUCUGUUGAUGUCACAUUCGAUUUCUUUAUUCCAAGUGACAUAACUCAGUAACUUCGGGUGUUUUAAAUUAUUCCUGCUCAGUAUUCCUUUUAUUUAUUUAUUCCUUCCUUGGAGUGAGGGGAAUGAGAGAGAGAGAGAGAGAGAGAAGUGGGGAUGUUGGAUCAUAUCUAGGCUAAGAUUGCAAGAUGUUCUUUGUAGCAAAAGUCCACUUUAGAUUCUUGGAUCUUAGAACCUUAAGAAGCCCCUAAAGUCUUGUAUAUAUUGGAAAUUUUCCUUAAUUAACAGUGCUUCCUUUGAACUCCAAACUUAAUUGAACAAUAUAGCAGCAUACUAGCA